AUGAAGACUUGCUACCUUCUGGCCGUGGCCAUUGCCCCGUUCUUCGCUUCCAGCUUUGCCGCCCCAACCUUACGGGGUAAUGCUUUGGCGGCGAGUUCAACGAAUGCCAGAUUUGCUGUAAGGGGUUACGAUCACUACGGUUAUGACGACAAGGGGGACGACAAAUAUGAUGAUCACAAGAAAGGCCACCACGAAGACCGUAAGAAAGACCACGACGACGGCUACGACGACGACCACGGUGAUCACAAAAAAAAUAAUCACAAAGGGAAGGGGCACAAGAAGGAUGACUACGGUGAUGACAAGAAGCACGUGAGCAAAUAUGAUGACAAGAAGGACGACUACGGGGAUGACAAGAAAGGCCAUCGGGACGAUAAGAAGGACGACUACGGGGAUGACAACAAGGAUGACUACGGGGGUGACACGAAAGGCCACAAGAAGGACGACCACGGUGAUGACAAGAAAGAUCAUAAGGACGACAAGGAUGACGACUACGAUGAUCACAAGAAGCACCGUCGCGGGGACAAGGACGACGACUACGAUGAUCACAAGAAGCACCGUCGCGGGGACAAGGACGACGACUACGAUGAUCACAAGAAGCACCAUCGCGGGGACAAGGACGACGACUACGAUGAUCACAAGAAGCACCAUCGCGGGGACAAGGACGACGACUACGAUGAUCACAAGAAGCACCAUCGCGGGGACAAGGACGACGACUACGAUGAUCACAAGAAGCACCGUCGCGGGGACAAGGACGACGACUACGAUGGUGGCAAGAAGCACCGUGGCGGGGGCAAGGACGACUCCGAUGAUCACAAGAAGCACCGUGGCGGGUACGAUAAGGACGACGACUACGACGAUCACAAGAAGUACCGUCGCGGGGGCAAGGACGACUCCGAUGAUCACAAGAAGCACCGUGGCGGGGACAAGGACGACGACUACGAUGGUGGCAAGAAGCACCGUGGCGGGGACAAGGACGACGACUACGAUGGUGGCAAGAAGCACCGUGGCGGGGGCAAGGACGACUCCGAUGAUCACAAGAAGCACCGUGGCGGGUACGAUAAGGACGACGACUACGACGAUCACAAGAAGUACCGUCGCGGGGGCAAGGACGACUCCGAUGAUCACAAGAAGCACCGUGGCGGGGGCAAGGACGAUUCCGAUGAUCACAAGAAGCACCGUGGCGGGUACGACGACUACGAUGAUGACAAGAAGCACCGUCGCUAUUGAAAGAAGGACGACCGGGAAGACUGGAAAGAGCACGGAAAGUACAGUACCAAGAAGGAGUAGUAAGGCCUGGACGCUGUCUGUUGCCGAAGUCGGAUUUAUAUACUUGAUUCAAGGAGGGGCAUUGAUGUUGAUGAGGAGAUAUUGUAGUUAUCUGUAAUUGUGAAUUGUGAAUUGUUGUACAUAACAUGAAGUUUUUGGGAA